GUGGACAAGCGCGGCCGAACGCUGUUAUUUUGUCGCUGGACUCAACAAGGCUAAACCCUUUGAGCCCGUAAAUUCAUGUCAAUGUAACAAGUAUACGAGUUAAAUCACAGUGCGGCCGGUGGGUUUAAUUUCUCUCCGGGAGGAAAAGUGUGUGAAGCAGCGGAAACGGGGAGGCGGAUGUAAAGCGGUGCAGCCAAAUAAAUAAGAUAUGAACUCGUCUUUCUCCACAGUCACGGAGGAUCACGCGACGCUGCUAAGACAUGUAUGACCAACUGGACUUUUAUUUUUAGCGGAAAGCAAACGUUCUUAGCAGCGGGGCGUCGCUUUGAGCGGAGGCUGGAUUACGGAAAGCACACGGGCUCAGGAGGGCCGAAUUCCGCUUGGACGCUGAUGAAGGGUCGCUGGCGUUCGGACCGUAGGGAGGUCCGUCGUCCAUGAUUGAGCUUCUUGUUCGGGGGUAUUUUGGCAUGAAGGCGGUGUCCUGAGCCUCCGUUUCAUAGGUCCAGCCUUUGUCCUACCUUUGGAUUGUAGGACCGCUCUAUAAACACCCCCUCCAUCCUGGACAGACCUGGAAGGAUCACCUUUUUAUCUCUGUCCUCAUCUGUCCUUCUCUUCCCACCUUUUUCUGAUCAUGGCUCAGUGUGUGAUUUGGAGAGUCCUGUAGUGUCCAGGAGAGAGGCGUCCUUCUGCUUUUGACACCCCUGGGUUUGUCAAAAUGGACAGGUGUGGCACGGCGUGCAGAGGGUUAAAUGUAAAGCGACGACAUUCGCAGCAGAGAUGUAUUAUGAAUGAUAGAUGGGAGAAAAUCAAAACUUUGUCAAUGCACCUUGAGUGAUGACGAGUAAAGCCUGGAAACAUUGAAGUGCCUCCCCCCCAGAACAAAUGCCAGCAGAAAUGUGCUGUGACAAGCUCGAGCUCAGACUGUUGCACCAGCAGUAGCUUGUUAUCACUCUCCACUGCCAUCUGUUUCUCCAUCCUUUUUUCUUCUCUUUGCCUUUAGUGCUUCUUUCAUUUUACGGAUGGUACUUCUCAGCUAAAAGGUCUGACUGCCCCUCCCCCACUUAUUCCCCUUGUCUCUUUUCUUCCUUUGGCGCCUACCUUGGUUCAACCAUUCGACCCUCCCUUGCAACAGCUGUCCUCCCCCCUCGCCCCCGCCCCCAGCCAUCCUCCCCUUCCACCUCCACCUUCUCUGCCCCGUCCUCUCCUCACCAUUUCCAUUAUCAUAACCACCACCACCACCACCACCACCAACUUUCAUCCUCCCCCCCUCCCUUUCCAGCCACCUCCCCCUCCACUUUGGGAACCAUGGCGACAGCAGCCACAACCUCGAGCUCUUCUUCCUCCCCACCGUCAUCAUCGGCGGUGAACAGCAGUGCCCGGGAGCACCUGCUGGCGGUGCGCCGGCGCACCCCGCACACCCGGCCAUACACGAUCGGGCCUGACAACCUCUGCAGCUUGUCAGUGCACGGUGCAGUCAGUGGCUCCGCCUCCAGCUCCUCCUCCAUGAUGUCAUCAGGUGUGCAACCAGAGGGGGCAGGUUUGGGACUCCAACGGGCCAAUAGUGACACAGACCUGGUGACUUCAGAUAGCCGCUCAUCACUCACAGCGUCUACGUACCAGCUGACUCUUGGUCAUGGCCACCUGGUUAUUUCCUGGGACAUCAAGGAGGAAGUGGAUGCCACAGACUGGAUCGGCCUUUACCACAUUGAUGAAACAUGUGUGGCCAAUGUGUGGGACUCCAAGAAUCGUGGCAUUAAUGGCACUCAGAGUGGUCAUAUUGUCUGGAGGCUGGAGCCAGGACCUUACUUCAUGGAGCCUGAGACUAAAGUCUGCUUUAAAUACUAUCAUGGUGUAAGUGGAGCAUUAAGAGCGACGACACCGUGUAUCACUGUUAAGAAUCCAGGAGUGCCGGUGGCAAGUGAAGGUCAAGUGGAUGACCAAUCAGGGACUGAGCAUUGUCGCAAACUUGUCAGCUUCACUUUAUCAGAUAUUCGCGCAGUUGGCCUGAAGAAGGGCAUGUUCUUCAACCCAGACCCCUACCUGAAGAUGUCCAUCCAGCCUGGAAAGAGAAGUGGUCUCCCCAAGUUUACUCAUCAUGGUCAGGAAAGACGAUCAUCCAUCAUUUCUAACACCAUCAACCCUGUGUGGCACGGGGAGAAGUACACUUUUGUGGCUCUGAUGACCGAUGUAUUGGAAAUCGAAGUAAAAGAUAAGUUUGCCAAGAGCAGGCCAAUCAUCAAGCGCUUCCUGGGUCAGCUGAUCAUCCCUGUGCAGAGACUGCUGGAGGGGCCAACAGCUGAAGAGCAGCCAGUCAGCUACAGCCUGUGUCGUCGUCUCCCAACGGAUCAUGUGAGUGGGCAGCUUCUGUUUAGAGUGGACCUCACCACCAACGGACAUGAAGCAGAGGCUUCCCCAGACACAGUGGGAACCAUCUUGGCUGGCGCUGCGAAUGGUGAUCCUGGCAGUCCCUCUGAUGAUGAAGACCUCCCUCAGCCCUCCUCAUCUUCACACGUCACAUGUGGACCCUUUCCCACGGGCUCAGAUGAGGGCUCCCUACUGGUCAAUGGCACUUGUUACUAUGGUGAUGAUAGUGUGUGGCGAGAUCCUGGGAACAUGGGAGAGGAAGAUCUGCUUCCUGUGGCCUCAGGUGGCCACACUUACCGGCAGGUGUCACUCAAUGACUACCUGGAUGCCAUUGAGGCUCCCAGGAGCCCAGGGGACCCAAUUCUGGUGGGGCCUUCGCCAAAGCUCCGCUCCAGCUUUCCAACGGAUACACGGCUCAAUGCCAUGCUGCACAUAGACUCGGAUGAGGAUGAGGAGACUACAGGGCAGCACAGGGACCAGUUACAGGAGACAAAAACACAGCAGAGGGCAAACAUAUCAAGUCAAUCAGCUGAGUCUCAACAGGGGACAAAUGGAGAGCAGAUUGGAGCUGGGGCUACGGUGGAGGCAGCUUCAAACUCUGGUGCUCAGCCUGUAGCUGAGUCUGCUGAUGCUCAAAGUAGAGGUGGGGCUGCUGAAGGUGCAACUGGAGCUCAGAUGCCAGCAGGAACAACAUCAGCUCCUGAAGCCGCGGCAGGGACUGCCGUGGCUGCAGGUGCAUCAGCUGAUGUGGCAUGUGAAAACUCUGAAGCUUCCUGCUCCUCUCAGGCAUUAGUGGCUGAGGUGGCUCCGACUCCAGCGGAGUCACUGAUGGAGUGUACCUGUCAGGAGCAGAACAGCAGGACCGCCACACACCAGGAAGUGUCCAACAAUUCUGUACUUGGUCCACUUUCACCUAUUCCGGAGGUGGAUACGAAAAAGGAAAUGGCACCGAAAGCUGAGGAGGAAGGGGCGGAGUCUUCAAGCAGCGAGGCGAAUGGACCAAUAGCAGCAGCAGCAACUGCUUCUGACCAAGGCAUAAGGACUUCUGAAGCUGGUGCUCAAGCCAGUGGCGGGGUCAGUCAGGAGGAGCAGGAUGAGGAGGAGGAGGAGGAGGAGGGAGGGGAAGUGUGGAGGAGGCGGUCCAUGCAGACCUCCAUCAGGGGGGCCCAGAACCAGGAAGUGAGCAGGGCCAGAGAGAGUCAGAGUGGGACAAUAGGGGAAAGAGAGCCAGGUGCCACGAAUGAGGUGAAUGGCCACCAGUCUGUUCGCUCCCUUCCUUCCGUCCGCCCAGACAUGAAUCGAUACCAGAGAGUGGACGAGCCAUUGCCACCCAACUGGGAGGCUCGCAUUGACAGCCAUGGUAGGAUCUUCUAUGUGGACCACGUGAAUAGAACCACAACAUGGCAGCGUCCCACGGCUCCACCUGCCCCUCAGACACUCCAGAGGUCCAGCUCUAUACAACAGAUGGAGCAGCUGAACCGCAGGUAUCAGAGUAUACGUAGGACGAUGACCAAUGACAGCAGACAAGAGGAGCCUCCAGUCAAUGAACUGCUGGUGGAUGAGACUGAUAUGCAUCCUUCAAUACCAGCAGAGCUGCGUCGGGACAGCAGUGUGGGUCAGUCCAGUUCCAGGUCUCGCCUCUCUCUGCUGCUUCAGUCUCCCAGCGCCAAGUUCCUCACUAGCCCCGACUUCUUCACUGUGCUGCAUUCCAACCCUAGUGCCUACCGCAUGUUUGCCACCAAUACCUGUCUGAAGCAUAUGAUCAGUAAGGUCCGCCGGGAUACUCAUCAUUUUGAGCGCUACCAACACAACAGGGACCUGGUGGCUUUCCUCAACAUGUUAGCCAACAAACAGCUGGAGUUGCCGAGAGGCUGGGAGAUGAAGCACGACCACACCGGCAAGUCUUUCUUUGUGGACCAUAACUGCCGGGCCACCACUUUCAUCGACCCCCGGCUGCCUCUUCAGAGCUCUCGGCCCCCCAGCGUCCUCACUCACCGCCAACACUUGACCCGCCAACGCAGUCACAGUGCUGGUGAGGUCAGCCCACGACGACUGGUAGCUGAUGACCCUCGUCAUCCCGGUCCUCCUGUGGUGCCAAGGCCUUCCAGCACCUUCACCUCUGCCAACAGGGGACAGUGCCAGGACAUUGUGCCAGUUGCUUACAACGAUAAGAUUGUGGCAUUUCUUCGUCAACCAAACAUCUUUGAGAUUUUGCAGGAGAGACAACCCGACAUCAGCCGGAACCAUUCACUCAGGGAGAAGGUGCAGUUGAUCCGAAAUGAUGGAGUGUCAGGAUUGGCCAGGCUGUCAGGAGAUGCUGACCUUGUCAUGCUGCUGAGCCUUUUUGAAGAUGAAGUCAUGUCAUACGUGCCUCCUCACGCCUUACUUCACCCUAGCUAUUGCCAGUCACCUCGGGCAUCCCCUGUCUCCUCCCCACAGAACUCACCUGGCACUCAGAGAGCAAACGCCCGAGCCCCAGCUCCCUACAAGAGAGACUUUGAGGCCAAACUGCGCAACUUCUACAGGAAGCUUGAAACGAAAGGUUACGGCCAAGGACCUGGCAAAUUAAAGUUGAUCAUUCGUCGUGACCACCUGCUGGAAGAUGCCUUCAACCAGAUCAUGUGCUAUUCUCGCAAAGACCUGCAGCGCAGCAAGCUCUACGUCAGCUUUGUUGGGGAGGAAGGACUGGACUACAGCGGACCAUCCAGAGAGUUCUUCUUCUUGGUGUCCAGGGAGCUCUUUAACCCUUAUUAUGGUCUGUUUGAAUACUCUGCCAAUGACACCUACACUGUCCAGAUCAGCCCCAUGUCUGCCUUUGUCGACAAUCACCAUGAAUGGUUUCGCUUCAGUGGACGUAUUCUGGGUCUGGCUUUGAUCCAUCAGUACCUGCUGGAUGCCUUCUUCACCAGACCAUUUUAUAAAGGCCUACUGCGCAUUCCAUGUGACUUGAGUGACCUAGAGUACCUGGAUGAGGAGUUUCACCAGUCCCUCCAGUGGACGAAGGACAAUGACAUAGAGGACCUCCUGGACCUCACCUUCACUGUCAACGAGGAAGUCUUUGGACAGAUAACAGAAAGAGAGCUGAAGCCUGGCGGAGCCAACAUCCCUGUCUCAGAGAAGAACAAGAAGGAAUACAUUGAGCGCAUGGUGAAGUGGAGGAUAGAGAGAGGAGUGGUGCAGCAGACUGAGAGCCUUGUCAGAGGCUUUUAUGAGGUGGUGGAUGCCAGAUUGGUGUCAGUGUUUGAUGCCAGGGAGCUGGAGCUGGUGAUUGCCGGCACUGCUGAGAUUGAUUUAUCAGACUGGAGGAACAACACAGAGUACAGAGGAGGUUACCAUGACAACCAUAUAGUGAUCCGGUGGUUCUGGGCGGCAGUUGAAAGGUUCAACAAUGAACAGAGACUGCGACUUCUGCAGUUUGUAACCGGGACGUCCAGUAUUCCAUACGAGGGCUUUGCUUCUCUUCGAGGCAGCAACGGACCACGCAGAUUUUGUGUGGAGAAGUGGGGGAAAGUAACAUCACUGCCUAGAGCUCACACCUGCUUCAAUCGGCUGGACCUGCCCCCAUAUCCAUCCUUCUCAAUGCUGUAUGAGAAGAUGCUGACUGCUGUGGAAGAAACCAGCACCUUUGGAUUGGAGUGAAAUCCCUGACUGCCCUCUGCACUGCAUCACUGCUGGUGGUUGUGAAAAGCAGCUGGAAAAAGGCCUCAACAUCUGAUUCAGAGUCACAAAUGUAUGAUGUGCGUUUAAUUUACAGAGGACUAUAAUUUAUAAGGGAUGUUGAUGAGACACAAAGUCAUCACUUGGACAUCUACAUCUGUGUUCCUUUUAUUAUAUGUCGCACAUGCAUGUUUUUCGUGCUUGCUUAGUAGCUCACACACUAUCACCUGUGUGAUGUGAUAGAGUCAAAGAUGCACUCUGCCUUCCAGACGGAAUCACAUUUGGGAGGAUUUUGGCCCAAUCGGAGACUGGGAUGUCUGCUUUUCACUUUGAUACCACGUAUAAACCACAAGAAGCAAUCACUGCCUUCACUGCAGAGCCUGAGUGGAUUGGUCUCUCUUAUUCUGGACCCUGAAGGAUCAUGUGGCCUGUCAACCCAAGUGAUGGACUUAGUUUAGUCUAGUGUUCUCCCUUGUGGCUUAUUUUAUGAACUGCACUCAUGUAGAUGGUGCUUUUUCCUCUUUCUUUCUUUUUUUUUUCUUUCUAGAAAAAGGCAGUUACAUGCCUGAAGUAACUUUUGGUAAAGUCUGUGGGCUUCCAGUGAAGUUCACCCACACAGCUGAUUUUGGACUCCAAAUAGAAGAUUUGGUAUCAUUGUUACAGUAUUUUCAUCUAAAAGUGUUUUUCUAAAGACAUGGAGGUGACAUGAUGUGAUUUGAAUGUAACUGAUCUAGAUUGUGGGGGAGUUUUUUCUACAAAAUCUGGAUCAACUGGAAGAAAAAAAAAAGAUUCAGCCAGCACUUACUUUAAUAAUUUGAUGAUUGAAUUUAUAAUCAUUUAAUUUACAUUAAUUGUCCUUGAUUGAUUUGAAAUUAGGUCUGAUCCAGGUCUGUUUCUAAAGUGUAAUGAAACUGAGCCCUGUUUAAAGAUACAAACGGUGGAUUGGAAAAGAAAACAUUAUAGUCAGGUACUGGGGUGUUGGAACAGAACAGGCAAAACAAGCAACUGCCCAUCACCUGGGGCAACCAGUGCUAAAUUCACAUCUUCUUGCGUGUUUGCAUUGACAUUGGAUGUUAACUAAUCAUGCAAAAAAAUGCAUGAAAUUACAUGCUACUUCUUCUCUUUAGUGUUCUGACAAUGGAAUAAAAAGAGUAGUAGCACCCUUUGUGUGUGCGGUACUCUAUGCAUUUAGUCCCACAUUGCAGUGCAGCACGUUACUGUUACUAAAAUGACAUUACUGGCAUAAAAACAUCUCCUCUGCAUAUUCAUUGACUUUCUUUUCACUAAUAUUAUUAUUAUUAUUAUUAUUAUUAUUAUAAUAUAUUGUUACUCACAUUUGCACACUAUGAAUAGAAUCUCCAUAAUGUUUAGGUGAUUUUGUUUUAUGUUUCUCUCUGUUCUUGUGAUGACGACCACUUGUGUGAUUGUUCAACUGAAUGUCAUCACACUGUCUGUGUGUAAUCUCAUUUUCUGACGUGAUGAGCUGAACUCUGGCACCACUCCCGAAAAUGUACACCCCUUAUUUCAAUGUUGAAUUAAGUUAGAAGUACAGUUUAGUUAAUUGAAUCAGGUUGUUGUGCCACUCACAGCAGGCACACAGUAAACACUGUCCUUGUAACUGCAUCGGCAUUUCGUAUAAAAUCCAUUUGAAGGAGUUUGCCGUGCAUCUUUCUUCUUUUGUACUUGUACUCAUCACUGCCCCUUUUCGGUCACAUUCCUCCCUGCACUAUGAAUGUAAGCACGCCUUGAACUGCCUCUGUGAACUACAGUUGCACCGCCAUGAUACACAGGUCUGUAACAGUUAAAGGAACAAUUCUUUUUUCUUUCUUUUUUUGAAGUAUGUUUGUAUGUGGGUCGGACUUAUACAGAUUGUGCUGUACCCACCCCUACCAGCAAGACACAGAGGCUCACUCUCAACAUGCCUGUCAACAAUGGAAAAAACAUUUCAGCCUCUGAACCAAAGAAUCUCCUCAUAAAAUAUACGUCUCUUGAAGUCUAUGAUAUCUUAUGGAUAUGUUCACAGCGUUGUCUCACUUUUAGAAAGCCAUUUUCUGACUGGAAACCGAAGAUUUAGCCUUUAUCCCCUUUAGUACCCCUGCCAAUGACCAUGUUUUCAGUGAGUCUCUGUGUCUUAAGGAGGUGUCUUUUACAACCACACUUCCUAAAGCCUGAAUUAUUCCUUUAAGCGUCUGCUGCUGAGGUCAUGAGCGAAAACAUCUAAAUGGAUCAUGUUGAAUUCUCGACCAAACACACAUUCCAUCAAAGCCCAACAACAAACAUCCCUUCAACAUCAUACGUCCAAAUUAUGAUUUCAUGAUUACGCUCUCUUAAUUAAGACAUAGAUUCUAAUAUAAUCAUACAUAGACACAGAAUAUAAAAUAAUUUGAUGAUUUAAGUAUUUAUGUCUAUUAACUGAGACAUUGUCUGAAAGGAUCAAAUCAGUUUUUCCUUUUUGUUUUUCUUAGUGAAUCAACAUUUUCAAUCACAUUUUGACUCAGUUGCAGCUUUUUCUUCUUGUGGUUGGAAUUGGCUUCUAUAAGGUGAGUCAAAUCAUUGUAAAGACUCAUAUGCUGUCUUUUAAUGUGUAAAAGAGUUUUUAAAAAGAGUUUUAACAGUAUAGUUUAUGCAAAUCCAGAAAGGGCACAUUUGGCUAAGUUUUAUGUGUGGAUUUAGAUAAACUGGAUCGAAAUUAGCUACUCUCUCAUUCUCUUUUCCCUCACAGAAUGUCCUGUCUUGUGUCUGUCUGACCAAAGUUGUGAUCCUUAACUGGCUGAGUCACAUUUAACACUCACAUUUACACAGUCCACCUCACUUAUAAAUAUGAAUGUUUGUUUGCAGUCCUCUAAUGAAAUAAAGUAUCAUCUCUCUA